AUGUAAUAACCAGAAUCAUAUAAGAAUUCUGAUUAUAAGGGACAUAUAGGUUUCUUGCUAGAUACAAAUAUUAAAAUGAACAUGGAAUAAGAAUUGUAAAACAAUAAUUUCCAACUAAAAUUAUAAUAAGAAAAAAUAGGAAAAGUUUUCAACUAUCUCAACUAAUGUAGCAGAUUGGAUUCAUCUCUAGUUGAGUAUUAGCAAUGGUAUAAGGAGAGAUCUUAAAAUCCACCUAGCAAUCAAGAAAUUAUAGACUUCAUAAUUAAAAAAUCUGAAUUUUUCUUCAUUAUUAAGUAUAAUGAUAAUUAAAAUAAAAACAUACACUAAGAUUUUAGAAAACAAGAAAUAUUUAAUGUCAAGGAGAAUUUCUAAUAUGUUAAAUUAUUCGGAGAUAUAAUCCAAGAUUUUAUGAAGAAAGAAAGCAAUAUCAAUAACGUAAAGUAUAUUCCUGAACUCAGAUAAUAAUAAUCUUCUAUAGUAAUUUAAGCUGGAUGA